AUGUUAUUGAUCAAUGAGCUCUUCCAGGUUUUCCGAGAAUCGAUGGCAAAGAUUUGCUGGGUUAAGCUUAAAUCUCCAAAUUUAACGACUGGCUGCCCUUUUGACAUCGUCACCGAGGGUCAACCGUCUCCCAUUCAAUCGAAUCAUCGGAAGCAUACCACCAUCCCAGUCCCUCGCGUUAUAAAAGUGUAUAUAUGUGGAAAGAAGCAGUACCUGGCCAUGGAUGCGGUUGACGGACAGACGUUAGGCUCUGCCUGGCCAGACCUGACUGAGGAGCAGAGGCCAAACAUCACAGCAUUUGUACAACAGCUACGAGGUCUCGUUCUGCCUGAAGAAGGGACCGUUGGCUCGACAAGUCUAGGGCCUAGCUAUGAUCAUCGACUCGGAGACCGUCACUUUGGUCCCUUUAACAAUAUUGCGGAUUUCCACUUUUAUAUUCGUCGCGACGUUCCGCUUGAGUUCUGGAACGAGUCGUACACCAUCAAGUACAGCCACGCAGAUAUAUGUCCUAACAAUGUACUGGUCAAGAACGGAAAAAUCGUCGUGAUAAUCGACUGGGAGGGGACAGGCUCGAAGAAGGGCUUAGCUGAGAAAUUAAAAGAAACAUCAGAGCCAUCAGAGACACCAUUCUCGCAUGCAGUAUUAACCAUUAGUGUGUAUACGGGUCAAAGGCCCAAUGCCGUCCUAAGCAUGGGGCAGACGUCUUUGUCUUUCUUACAUGUUAUGGUUUACUAUGUAAUUUUUGACGGUAUUAAAAUAUGUAUUUUGUACAUAAUACACCCCCUCAUGGGUAAACAAUGUAUGUACACCAGCGACUUUGGAUCUACUAUAUAG